CGGGGCCUUAGAGGGCGGGGCUCUGCGCCUGCAUUCUGAUUGAAUCUGUUCAGUUUGUGGUAGUUAGACUAGCAGUGAAGGUUGUUGUGGGGGAUCUGUUAAAGCUGUGACUGCGCAUACAGGCUGCACGCCGUUUAAUUGCAUCCAGAUGAUUUAAGCCCCCUGCGCUAGACUCUUUUCUGUUUUGUUGCAGGGUGAGUGUGUGUGGAUCUCGCCAAACUGUGCUUGCAGAGAUGCUUCAGACGAUAUCUGCGCAGAGAUGCCCCCGCUGAACAUGAGCAAACAGGGCGUCUGUUACAAUGAAGACGACGGCAGCGGCUUCUUUCUUUCUUUCUUGUUGCAGCGCUCGGUAUGAGCAACCUAAGCCUCUCCGUCAUCAUCACCAUCCACCAAGGCUCCUAUGAGGAACAUUGCGCAGUGUAGUGAGCACCGUUUUUCUAUUUUUUGGAAUAUAUAUUACCUAAUCAUCUGGGGGAUAAAUUCCCAGCAUUAACACUACAGAGUGCGCCUUGGUGCAUUAUUGUCAAUGUAAAGCGCUGUGUCCAGUGGUGGGAGCCACUCUCUCCAGGGGUAACAGAUGAGAGGCAAACAAUACCAUCAACCAUUGAAGUUGACAGCACCUUGGGAGAAGGAUGCAGGCUUUGGGAGAAAGCUCAGAACCUACAGGAAUCAUACCAAGAUAAUAGCACAGCCUGGGAUCGUGAUGAAAGUGCUGCGCAGGAAGAGGAUUGUGUUAGUCAUGGCCUAUUUCCUACUGCUGGUGCUCACCAUGCUCAAUUUGGCCAAUUAUAAAUGGACCAAGGAGCCCCAGCAGUGCAACCAUCAGAUGAGGAGCACCACCCAUCAGAGCAGAUCUGACAUUCGCUUUCUAUACAGGCCCUCCUUGGCUAAGAAGAGACAGCUUAUCUACGUCCUCACCACCUGGAGGUCUGGGUCCUCCUUCUUUGGUGAGCUUUUUAACCAAAAUCCGGAUGUUUUCUUCUUGUACGAGCCUAUGUGGCACAUCUGGCAGAAGCUGUACCCUGGGGAUGCUGUGUCCCUGCAGGGGGCGGCCAGAGACAUGUUGAGCUCCUUGUAUCGCUGCGAUCUGUCUGUUUUCCAACUUUACAACAGCCCUGGAGGCAAGAACUUUACCUCCUUAGGGCUAUUUGGGGCCACCCUGAACAAGGUGGUGUGCUCCUACCCCCUGUGCUCAGCCUACAGGAAAGAGGUAGUGGGGAUGGUGGAUGAUAAAGUGUGCAAAAAGUGCCCCCCUCAGAGCCUUAGACUGUUAGAGGAGGAGUGCCUGAAAUAUAACACUAUAGUCAUUAAAGGGGUGCGCAUUUUGGACCUAAACGUUCUCGCCCCUCUAAUGGAGGACCCAUCCUUGGAUUUGAAAGUGAUCCACUUAGUUAGAGACCCUCGGGCAGUGGCAAACUCCAGGAUUAAAUCCAGGCAUGGCCUGAUUAGGGAGAACUUACAGGUGGUCCGCAGCAGGGACCCUAAACUUCGCCGGAUACCUUUUGUGGAUCCAGGCCACAAGGCCAACAAGAAAGACGGGUCUGACUACCACUCCAUCGGAGCCAUGGAGGUGAUCUGCGACCGCACCUCCAGGACUCUGAGGACUGCCUUAAACCCUCCAGGCUGGCUGAAGGGGAAGUACAUGGCCGUGCGGUACGAGGACCUGGUGGAGAACCCCGUCAAGACCUUGAGGAACGUCUACCACUUCGCCAACCUCACCGCCAACCACGACAUCGAGUCAUUUGCGCUGAACAUGACCAGUGGCUCCAGCUCCUCCUCCAAGCCGUUCAUCGUCUCCUCCCGGAAUGCCACGCAGGCAGCCAGCGCCUGGAGAACGGUGCUCAGCAUCCAGCAGAUCAAACAGGUGGAAGACUACUGCCACCACGCCAUGUCCGUCCUAGGGUACGAGAGGGUGAGAACAGCCGGGGAGGCCAAGGAUUUGAGCAAAUCGCUGCUGACGCACUCCAAACUGUGAAGAAAAAUAAAUAAAGCAUCCUCCUCACCACCAAAGACCUUUUAAUUUAAUGUUCAUUUUCCAUGCAGUGCCGUUUCCUCCUGUUGUGGAAUUAAAGCUUUACGUUCAAGUGUUCAAGGAGAUCCGACUGCCCACAUUUGGAAUGUAUAUCUUGUUUUUGAGUUGCAGUUUGUAUUUGAAGGGGUUCACUUCUUUUAUAUGGGAACACCGGGUGUUGGACAAUGACUUAAGAUGGGGGGGCAAAAAAAGGAUAAUUUAUGUAUCUUAAAAGUUGAUGUUUUUAAGGUUAUUUUUGAAUGUUCAAAAUCUUUAAAUAAUUUUAUUUUCACGCUCCAUACGGUUUGUAAAAGUAAAACAAGAUAGUUGAUUAAAGAAAAAAGUUGUAACAGAUAAAAAAAAAAUCAUUUUUAUUUUAUAGGACCUGGUUAAAGUCAGAGACAAUCAGUAAUUUGGUUUGAUGACGUGCCAUAGUUAGAAGAAUCAUCAGAACAGUGCUAGUAAUCUCUAUAGUUUUUUUAUGUUUUCAGAGAGUCCUUGUAGGAUGAUGUCAUGCACUGUGGACAUUUAGUCUUGACCUUAGAGCAGGAGAUCAUCUCUAUGUGUCAGUGUGAGCAGUCUGUUGUUUUACCAUCUUCACAUGUUUACAAUUGCUUGCUCUUAUGGAAACACCUUAUCUGAGAAUAAUGCAUUGAGUAAAGUUCACAGUAAACGA